AUGGGAGAUUUCCAUUGCGUCCGUGAACCCAAUGAGCGGAAAAAUUCUAAACUCAACCCGCAACAAGCUGAGGACUUCAAUCAAUUUAUCCGUACUGUGUGUCUAUUGGAGUACGCGUUGUUUGGUUACUCUUUUACUCACAGGUCGGAUGACGGUCAAAGAUUCAGCAAAAUUGACAGAGCGUUGGUCUGCUAUUCGUUUCUAUCAAACUGGCCGACGGCCAAACUCACGGGUUUGCCACGAUACAGGUCUGAUUAUCAACCUUUAUUAUUGGUUUGUUCUGAUGAAUAUUUUGCUGCUCCUCCUUUUCUCUUUUUCAACUCGUGGUUAAAAGAGGAGGAGCUAGCGGGUAUUGUAAAAAACAUGUAUGCAGGGGUUCGAGGUUUCAAUCCACCAGACAAGUUGAUGGGUCGGCGAUUGAAGGCCAUCAAACUCGUGAUUAAACCUUGGUGCAGAAAUAUCAAUCGCAGGAAUUGUGAAAUAGUUGCUGACCUAUCAAAGAAAGUCGAAGAACUUGACCUUAAAGCCGAAUCUGCAGCACUCUCAGAGAAUUUGAAACAGUGGGCAAAGGCCAAAUGGGUGACGGAAGGCGACGAAAACUCGGCCCUUUUUCAUGGGUUCAUCAAAGGUCAUCAAAAGCAUAACCGAAUUAAUGGGUUGAAUUUUAACGGUGUUUGGAUCUCGCAACCCGACAUGCUAAAGGAAGAAAUAAAGCAAUACUUUGAAGGGCUCUUUAAGGAAACUAAUAAGAACCGACCACUUUUCUCAAAUAAUGCUUUCAAGGUUCUCUUUGCUGAACAAUCUAGCAUUUGGGUGAAAUGUUUUUCUAAAGAAGAAAUCAAGGAGGCCGUUUGGGAAUGUGGUGGAGAUAAGGCCCUGGGUCCUGAUGGGUUUACUUUCAGCUUCAUUAAACAUUUAUGGGAUACACUCGAACCGGAUUUUGUCACUGUCCUAGAUUACUUCUAUGUUCACGGCACGCUGAAUAGAGGUUGUAACUCGAGCUUUAUUAUCCUUGCACCGAAAUCCAAUAACCCUCCACACAUCAGCGAAUUCAGACCCAUCAGCCUCAUCGGUUGUAUCUCCAAAAUUCUCGCCAAUAGAUUGAAGCAGGUGAUUAGCCACUUAAAAACUGAUACUCAAACGACAUACGUAGAAGGGCGUAGCAUUUUGGAAGGAUCUUUAAUAGUGAACGAGCUAGUGUCUUGGGCGAAGAAAUCAAAAGGCAAGAUGCUAUUGUUCAAAGUAGAUUUUGAAAAGGCAUUCGACUCGCUUAGUUGGGAGUUCUUAGAUUCCAUUCUUUCACAAAUGGGGUUUCCCGCGUUAUGGAGAAGUGGGUCAUGGGUAUACUAUCAUCGGCAAGAUCAUCCAUUCUUGUGA